AAUUUGAACCUGGCAACCCUGACCAGUAGUGUCCGGGAGCAGCAGCUGGAGGUGCCCGUGUCUGGAGGUGAUGAUGGGCCUCAAGCACGGCCUGGUGGCACCUGGGGGCCUCAGGCACCUGCUGGCCCUGGCCGGUGCCUCCAGGAUACACUCCUCCGCGUCAUCCCACAGCGGGGUCAAGGCAGCAGAGGAUGAAGAGUUCCGAACUUUGGAAUUAGUAAAAAAGGGGCCAGACCGACGAACUAGCAGGGUAAUGAAGCCACCUAACCUGCUACCACCCAGAUAUAAAAGCCAAAAAGUCGAUCAAGAUUGGGGAAAUGUCUGGCCUGCUGCACGAACCUUUCAUCCUGCAACCGUGCCUCUUCCCGUACGCCAAGGUUACCCAGCUUCUUUGAAGCCCACACCAGAUAAGUGGGGAAAUGCAGAACUUAUGAAAAUCCCAAAUUUUCUUCACUUGACUCCUCCAGUAAUUAAACGACAGUGUGAGGCAUUGAAAAAAUUUUGCACACCUUGGCCAUCUGGACUUGAUACAGCAACUAAACAAGAGAAGCAUUUUCCUGUAACGGUUUCAAAAAGUUCAUACCUUCAUUCUUCGCCAACUAUUAGGGACCAAAAAGCCAGAAUAGUCACAAUUAAGGUAUCACUUAGGAGCCUUGAUCUUGAUGAGCAUGGACGUGACAAGUUACUUCGGUUGGUGAAAGAUCGAUAUGAUGCUAAAACUGACUGUCUCACCAUUGUAGCCGAUCGUUGUCCCCUCUCUCAACAGAAUUAUGACUAUUGCUGCUACUUGUUAACUGUUUUAUACAAUGAAUCGAUGAAAACAGAGCUGUGGGAACAUGAGAAGGAGAUAGCUGAUCGUGAACGAUACAUAUGGAAUGUGAGUCCUUCACACGCAGCUCUUCAAGCAAUAGUCGGUGCCAAGGAGGACUCGACACCCGAGGAGGUUAUCAAAGAAUACGAGACAGCAGUUACAGACUUACACAACGAGGGUGAAGAUGAGCCGACAAUCACAAGAUACAGAGAAUGUGUGCUAAAAUUGGUUGGCUUGGCAUGAACUCUUUAACAAUGUUGAGGGUAUCAUCAUUGUUUGAAUUUUUGUGAAUAAGCAUUAGUCGUCUUGUAUAAUUAUUAAAUGUCUUGUGUAUAUUAGUGUAUCAAGAGGAAUGACUGUAUAUUGAAAUUCAAAUUGUUAAUGUAUGAGCAUAAUCAUAUUGUAUAAUUUGUUCAUUUAUUUAUAAUUUUCUGAUCAUGUGUAAUCAGAAUUUUGAAAUAAAAUAGUAGAUGUAAAA